UUUGAACAUUCUACAUCAGUGCAUUUGAGGUAUUUGCUCAAGAUAGUGUGUGUUUAGUCUGGACUUGUAAUACAGGAAUAGAUGAAGGCGCUUCAAGAUUUGGUUUCGGUUGUAUUCGUCGGAUUAUUCCUGAUUUUGGAAGUCCACUCAUGGUUUGAAUCCAAAUGGGGAAAACGUAUGUUCAACUGAAAUGAAAACACUUGAAACAUACUCCACUCUUACGUAUUACCGGUCAAGCACCUCGACUUCUUGUGGGUGGUUAUGGCAGGAUAGGUGUACCAGUUACAGAACACGGUCUCGGUAUUCUCUCGCACAACGACUUGUUAGCUAUCCAAUACCCGUCUGUUGUGAAGGUUAUGAAGCGCCCAUUGGCAGUGAUGAAUGUACCGAACCAAUAUGUUCACCCGGAUGUGUCAACGGAAUCUGUGUAGGCCCUAAUGUGUGUACAUGUUUUGUAGGGUACCAUGGACCAACAUGCGAAUAUACUUGCAAUGUAGAAAUUGAUAAUUGCGAAAUCAUAGAUUGUACUUCAUCUUUGAAUUUUAUGUGCACAAAAUGUCUUUACCACAUCAAUGACGAAAUAAAGGCGUAUGAAUUAGUUAAUGGUCGAUGCGACCAAAUUUGUUCGUGGCGUAAUGAUAGUAGAUCUUGCUAUCCUGGUAGAUGUGCUUCUUCAAGCAACAAUUGCACUUGUGACACAGACUUUACUUUGGAUGAUAAUUGCAUGAAAAUUGCUGUGCCACCAGAUGUUUCAAACUGUUCAAUAAUGUUACAACAUGACAAUGGAUUCAAUGGAAUCUCUACAAGCAAUAUUUCAUGCCAGCAAUCACGAGUGUCACCAAUCUAUUCAUCCGUAAAAGGAAACAGUUUUUCCGUGGAUUGGCAAACUCAGUUCUCGGCUACUGAAUAUCCAUUUCCUUAUUACGUCAAAAAUUUCAGUGUGGGCGUGACUUCAGCAGUUGUCAAAUGGUAUAUUUACAGAGGUGAAUACUAAGAUUUACAAUUAAUUAUG